CGGCAUUGACAAUGCUGAGUGUUCGCCGGACGGUUACAUUACACAGACGUGCUCUGGCUUCACUCCACAACAGUAUAACGUAUCGAACACGCGGGGACGACCAUUCAGCAUUUAAACGCCGGAAAAUCAUUUUCCAAUUAGUUAUCUCGUUUCUACCUCGUAUAUGUUGAGUUUUCUCAGAACAGUCUGCAACAUGAAGCCACCGACGAGCACCACACUCCUCCACGAUGUGGAUAUACCCACGAAGAAGGCCACAUUCGGAAUGGGUUGUUUUUGGUCGAACGAUUCUCUGUUCGGCGCGAGGCUCGGCAUCAUUCGCACUAGAGUCGGCUAUGCUGGGGGCACCACAAAGAGCCCACAUUAUAGAAACAUUGGCGACCACACAGAAGUCAUAGAGCUAGAUUUCGACCCAAAGUCUGUCACAUAUGAGGAGUUGCUGGACAUGUUCUGGGCGAACCACGAGUAUGGACUCACCACCAAACUAAAAAGACAGUACCAAUCCAUGAUCCUUUAUCACGACGAAGAGCAGCGGGAGGCGGCUGAGGCGUCACACAAAUCCAUGCAAGUUCAAUGCAAUGGAAAUCUUAGAACAGAAAUAGCACCGGCUGGCACUUUCUAUCCAGCAGAAGAUUAUCACCAAAAAUACAGGUUGCAGGGGCACAAGGAUCUGUGCCGAAGUCUGGGCCUCGACUCCUCAAAACUGCAGACCUCACACUUAGCAGCUAGACUGAACGGCUAUUUAGUAGGAGUUGGUGGCAAAACCCAGUUUGAACAAGAAGUGGCCCGUUUGGGCUUAAGCGAGAAACAGGCUGAAUAUGUACGACGUGAAUUGGAACGCAAUGAAGGUGGUGGACUUGCGUGCUGAAGUUUCAACACCUCGGAAUACAUUCAUUCUUUCGAAAUUGCCAACUAGGUACAUAAGCUAAUCGGUAUAUAAUUUCAAAGCAAAUUAUUUUUGUAUUAUGGCGGAAUUAAUGUAAUCGUAGGGUCAACAUAGGGUUGCGCUAAAUGGUGAUGAGUAUUUUCAAAACAAUCGUUUUCUCCGACCUCUACGCACAAAGCAAUUUUUUAUUGGUGUGAACGAGUAGGAGAAAAGGGUAUUCCAAAAAUAGUUGACAGUUUCGAAAGUACCUAGAUAAGUAGGUACAUUAAUU